AUGGGAAUUCAAUUCGAUCUCCGCAAAAACUACUACACACCAGCCAAGUAUCUCAAGGAAAUGGCUGAAAGUCAACAGUGUGGGCCAGAAACUGGCCAACGGCAUUUCAAAGAAGAUAAUCCAGCUCUCUUCAAAGCGCGGAGGAAGUUCUGGGCUGACAACUAUGGCGACUAUGAGAGAGACCUAGAGAAUGAGCUUCACAACCUCGGCAGAAAAAGGCCGGGAAGAUUGGAGUGCACUCCCAUCGUCACUGUCCUUGUAGGACCGUUUGAGCAUAAAUUCUACUUCCACCAUGGUCUUCUGUGUCGCCAUUCCCUCUUAUUCCGCCAUAUGCUGCAAAGCCCUCAUUUUACCGAGGCCAAGGAGAAUGUGGUCAGGCUUCCAGAAGAGGAUGUGGAGCGUUUUGCUGUCUUUACAAAGUACGUGUACGUACGAGAGUAUGCAGGAGAUAAGCGUGACAUGGGCGCUAUUCUGGAAGAGGAGUCUUAUUUCGAGGACGAAGAUACUAAUGACGAGGUCGAUCUGGAUUUCUCCCAGUUCGUACAAAUGAAUCCCGAGCAGGGACUGAGUGAUAUGAGUUCGGCUCCCCAGAGCGAUGACCACUGUGGCUUCGGUUUUCUAUUCUCAUGUUAUGUGCUGGCCGAUAUGUUGCAAGCACCAGGGCUCAAGCGCCUUGUGACGGAUGAGAUCCUAGAGCAUGGGAUGUACUGUGAUGCGGCUAAUCUGACAACAAAACACAUCUACUAUGCCUAUGACAACACGAUCCGGAAAGAUGAUCCCUUAAGGCGGUUUUGCAUAAUGACCAAGUUCGAACAGUCAUCCAUUAAAAAUAAACUAGCUGAUUCGGAACUUUUCACUAUGGUAGAGAAUGGUGGGCCGCUGGCGAGGGAUAUUAUGUGGGCUUGUGGGAAGCAAGCUGUCAACCAGAAGCAGGAGAUUAUUGAAAGUCACAGACGGGAAGUCAAAGCCUGCAACACAAGGUUCGAGGGCUGGAAGACUGGAUUAACACUGAAGCUGGGUAUAACCGGUUAA